AAUUUUUUAAUGAAAAUGCAAAGUAAAACGUCAUUGAUAUUGAUAUCCAGUUUUAACACCGGUUCGAGCCUUACCUUUCAAUUAAUCAGAGACCGGUUUAGUGCUGAUGACGACCCAACCUUUGCCAUCCCCCGGUUCAACUAUCAUUCAAUUAGAGCCUUGCACACACGCGAGGCUCCACGUCAGCAUCCUCACAAACUAUUGGCUGUUUGCACGGUUACCCUAUCACACUCCGCCACGCAUCCAUCAGGGAUCCCACACUAUUUUGAUUCUUCAUGACUAAGCGAAAAUGCGCGUCUUUUCAAUGGACUCCUGGGCCCCUAUGUCACUCCACAUUUAUCCGCUUUAAAAAGUAUGGCUAAAACCCCACCAUAGUGCCACCUGACUCAAAAGUUAAUUUCUGUACAUAUACGGUGUAUAUACGUAUCUAAAGUAUAAAAAUAUUUUUUACCCACAAUACCCCUCAAGUCUGUCCAUAAAUAUGAGCCCCCUACGCUGCAUUUCUUCCCUUUUCUCUUCCUUCCUUCCUUCCCCGUAUAUUUUUGCAAGCUUUUUGUUUGUUUCCUUUCUUUUUAAUUAUUAUUAUCAUUAUUCAAGCCAUGUUGUCCACUGUUCCGGCCAUUUUUUCCUCCGAGUCAAUGAUCGAAAAUGAGCAAUUUCCGGCUUUCGAAAGCUGGUUCACGCCAUGGGAUUGCUCGGAACUUUUUUCCACUACCCAAUCAGUAGGACCCGCAAGGUCGGAUUCCGGUUUAGAUGAUCCGAAACAAAAUCAAACCAACUCGAACUCGGGUUCGGAUGACCCAAACCAACCGGUUUCCAUCAUCGACGAACGAAAGAGAAGACGCAUGAUAUCGAACCGGGAAUCAGCCAGGAGGUCAAGGAUGCGUAAACAGCAGCAUCUAGAAAACUUAAGGAACCAGGUGAAUCGGCUAAGAAUCGAGAACCGAGAACUGACCAACCGUUUGAGGUUCGUUUUGUACCACUGUCACCGUGUAAGGACAGACAACGAUCGGCUCCGAUCUGAAUAUAGUAUGCUCAGACAAAAAUUGUCGGACAUAAGUCAAAUUUUGCUAUUCAAGCAACUGCAGCAGCUUUCAUCUGCAUGGCCACGCAAUAACGUUACUGCCAUGUCCGAACAAAUCCCACCAUUAAUCACUUAAUAUAUACUAUACUAUAUAUAUUUAACUUACAACAAUGGCAUCAUUAAAAUUCUCUCUAAUAUGAGAACCAAAUUCAGUCCUAUCUGAUCAUCUCUAUAUCUCUAUCUCUCUCAUCUCGAUCUUUCUGUAAAUUCAAAUGUUGGGUUUUUUCUUAGCUAGGGACUUAAUAUUUUUGCCAAACAGGAUGAUGAAAGAGAAAUGGUUUGUUUUGAGAAACCAUAGUUGUUGUAGUGUAAAAAGAGUUGGUCAGUGCUUGGUUUUAUCAAGAUUUAUUUUGUUGUUUUCCUCUUGUUUGUUGGUAUUGAAAAGUGGUCUAAUUAGUUUUAAGCUUUUCCCACCUUACAUUUUACUUUAUAUAAUUUGGGGCCACCCUUAGUGCAAGAAAGCAAAUCAUUUAAACUUACUUAUAUAUUAAUCUAAAUGCUGCCAAAGUCUAAAAGUGCUAUCAAAUGAUAUGUCCCGCUUGCAUUUGGUUUCCAAUUAGACAUGGCAAUUAUUUGAGUUUGGUUCCUUAUUUUGUAAGUUGCUCUAUUGA